AUGGAAACCAGAAACCAAACAGCUGUUUCAGAAUUCCUUGUCUUGGGACUGACAGAUGAUCCGGCCCUGCAGCGUAUCAUCUUUACUCUGUUCCUGUCCAUGUACCUGGUCACAGUGCUUGGGAACCUGCUCAACAUCCUGACUGUCAGCUCUUACUCCCACCUCCGCACCCCCAUGUACUUCCUCCUCUCCAACCUGUCCUUCUCUGACAUGUGUUUCAGCACCACCACAAUCCCCAAGAUGCUGGUAAAUAUUCAGAGACAGAGUAAGACCAUCGGUUACACAGGCUGCCUGAGGCAGAUUGGCUUUGUCCUGAUUUUUACUGCAUUGGAAAGCACUCUCCUUGCUGUAAUGGCUUAUGACCACUAUGUGGCCAUCUGCUGUCCACUCAGGUAUUUCGUCAUCAUGAAUCCCCACUUUUGUGUCCUGCUGAUUCUCUUGUCCUUGUCCAUUAGCAUUGUGGAUGGCCUGUUGCACAGUCUGAUGAUGAAGGAGACGGUGUUCCUCAGGGAGUUUCCAGUAAGGAUACCUGCUGCUUCUGUUACCAGAGAAGCAUUUCUCCACGUUGUAGGAGAGCUUGUUCAGCCAUGGAUGGAGCUCAUCCUUGGAGCUUUGAUCAGUAGAUCAGGAUUGGGUUCCAACACCAGCAUUUCUGACAAAUGCCCAGGCGAUGCCACCACUGCUGUGGACCAAGGGAUUGUCUGUAUUACUGUAGAGUCGUCCCUGCUUUACACUGGAUUCCUUAGUACCAUAAAACCCAGAAACCGAGUAAUGGUUUCAGAAUUCCUUCUCCUGGGACUGACAGAGAACCCAAACCUGCAGUCCCUCCUCUUCAGCCUGUUCCUGUCUAUGUACUUGGUCACAAUCCUGGGGAACCUGCUCAUCAUCCUGGCCUUCAUCUCUGACUCCCACCCUGCUGUCUCUGUAUAA